UACACCUGCAUUGCUUGCUGUUUGGGGUUUUAGGCUGGAUUUCAGUACAGCACUUUGAGAUAUCAGCUGAUGUACGAAGGGCUAUAUAAAUACAUUUGAUUUGAUUUGAUUUAACUGAAUAAGUGUUGCUGAUCAAAAAGCACUGCUUAAUUUAUGAGUUUGUUGUUACAUCCAAGUGUAUUUUCAUCACAUGUUAUAUGUUAAUGUUUAGAUAUGUUAAACUGUCAACAAUUUUUACCCUGAAGUUGAACUGUAAAGUCAAAGUGAAGACUGGGAUGUCCCUAAGUAGGUUUGAGUUUCCUUACUCACAACAUGGGUUACCAUCUGAUCCAAACAUCAUAUUUUCAGGUUGUAUUUUCUUGUAUCCAGUCUUGCGAAGUGACACUGAUUCAAUCUUCAUAGAAUGAUUGUUUCUGUUCCAUAUAUGACCAACUGAACAGCCAAUCAGGUGUUCAGCUGAACACAUUUAUUAGACCAAUCAGACCCCACCUCGAUCUAACCAAUCAGACCACAGAUGUGUGAUUCAAUGUCUGUUUACAAGUUGCACACUACAAAUCACCCCUGAUCCAGAAAAGCUAGGGGUGAGGACAAGAUGGUUGAGCUCUUGGUCUUUCUUCUUCUCUGCAACUCAUAUGUGACUAAAUCAUCUGAGAUUUCUCAGCCUGCUCCAUUCCUAGCAGCAAAGUUGGGGGACAACGUGACAGUUGAAUACCAUGUAACCAGUAAUGUUGAUCACAUGGUGUGGUACAAGAUGACCACUGGCAAGAAACUCCAGUGUGUGGCAAAGGCAGAGAUCGUUACCAAACAUGCACAUUAUUUUGGUGACUUUAUAAAUGGCCGUUUUGGUGGAUUGAUAAAAGUUGGGAUAUUUCACCUAAAUAUGUCUUCAACAAAGCAAGAGGACAUUGAAAUGUACUACUGUGAAGUUUUGCACUUAAACUUCAUAGAGGUUGGACCUGCGACCACCUUGAUGCUUAAAGGAAUCAUUUCCACACAUGGAGACAGGAGUGAUCAGUGUGAGAAGAACCCUGAGGCUGGAUCUCCUACACAGAGCUGUGUCUACAACCUCCCCAAGAGGAACCUCCCCAAGAGGAACCUCACACCCUCUGAUGCUAGGACUUACUACUGUGCUGUUUCCUCAAGUGGGGAGAUACUGUUUGGGAACGGAACCAAAAUGGACAUUCAAGUUCCAGAGCAUCAUCCUCCAUUUGAUCUGAGUCCUACUGUUCUGGCCUUGGUCAUCUCCAACAUCGUUCUGGGGAUAGUGACCCUUCUACUUGUCUGGGCGCUGUGCAAGACUCAGAACAAAGAUAGCAGAGUCUCUUUGAAGGAAGGACUGAUGUCCCAACAUCCCAGGGCAAUCAGAAUCAAGACAGUGACGUGUUGAACUAUGCAGCUGUCAGUUUCACCCCCAAGAACAAGUCCUCCUCUAGAACAGCGAGAGAGAAGACCAGCAGAGAGGAUGCAGUGUACUCUGAUGUCAGAUACCUUCAGCAGCAGUGAAAUAUAUCACCACUGUCACAGACUACAAAAAUAAGUUGUACUAUUUGUAGCAUAAUAAAACUGCUUUUAGUAACAAAAAUUACUAUUUAAUUUUCAAUGUUACAAAGAAACUGUUGUUUUAACAUUGUCUGUGUGCUAGAUGUAUAUAAUGAUCCUGCAAUGCCUUAAAUAGCUUAACUUUUUACAGCUUUUUAUUGUAAGAAAUCAUAUGAUAGAGAAUCCCAUUUUUGCUGUAUUACUAUGUG